ACUCGACUAAUAUACAUGUCGCUUUGAAUGAAAGGGAGAAAUUUGAAAAUUUCAACAUUUUCGCAAUUAACUUGUAUUGAAGUUACUUUUUUGCAAAAAUCAACAGGUUUGAGGAAGGCAUAAAUGCUGUAUGCAUGUAUAUUUGUAAAUUAAAGCGAGCUGGGGAACUACCUCCCUACCAACAAACAUACAGGCCUCUACACAAUGCAGGAGCCGAUCUCGACUAGAUCGAUGUUGGAAUUCGGAAGCUGCCUUGGAUAUACCGUUAAUCGUCCCCUAAAGUGCCCUGGACAUCUUCUUUCAGAGUCUAUGUUGUCAAGACGGCCCCGACCAGCUGGCUGAUGGAUGUCCAGUAACGGCAAACUCGACGUCAGCGGGGAAUGUCGACCUCCAAAAUGGGACUGGCCAGUUGAAGAUUUGAGUGUAGAAGUCAAUGACGCUAUCCCUUCGCUUGAUUGGACCUGAGUGAGAGAGCCUCACCGACUAACAAUAAGCGCCUGAUGGUCUUAAAUCUACCUUGUAUGGACAAUGGUUAUCACACGUUUCUGUGGAGUACACAUGCAACAGACAUAAGGGCCGAACCAUGGGGGUGAACACGGGAAGGAUCGACCAAUCACGAGCGAGAAAAGUCUGUGAGGAUAUACUCCGCGGUGUGCCAAUCAAUUUUGAAAGGCUGAAUUUACAACAACUGAGUUUAUUAACCAUGUGCCUGGUGCUGGAGCGCUAUCUGGAUUUUACUACUGUUAUUAUAAAUGUGUGAGAUAUAAUCAUUACAAUACAGAGUUGAGCAAAGACACGGGCGAGGACAAGUUCAACUCGGGAGACUAGAACCAAAGGCUUUCAUAUAUAUAUUUUUAUACUCCUCGGUGUGAUGUUUCUCAAAUCCUGACGGAAUUUCAUCAGGGACAGUCUUGUGAGGAGGACGUUUUCCGCACAUAUUGGGUUGGUUGCCAGGUUAUAUACCAUGCAUUGUUCCUUGAAGUUGGUACAAGCGGUACUGAUAAUUCUGCUACUCGUCACCCCGCUGUCCCUUCAGUGUGGGCCUGGGAGGGGGUCGGGCAGGAGGAGACGACCCAGGAAACUCACCCCCCUAGUAUUUAAACAACAUGUACCUAAUGUCUCCGAAAAUACCAUCGGAGCAAGCGGGUUAAGCGACGGGGCAAUUACUAAAGAAGACGCGAAAUUUAAAGAUUUGGUUUCAAAUGAGAACUCUAAUAUUGAGUUCAAAGAUGAGGAGCGAACGGGCGCUGAUCGUAUGAUGUCAGAGCGUUGUAAAGAGAAGCUGAAUAUGUUGGCGAUAUCGGUGAUGAACCAGUGGCCGGGGGUGAAGCUGCGGGUCACUGAGGCAUGGGAUGAGGAUGGGACUCACUCCAAGGACUCCCUGCAUUAUGAGGGCAGAGCCGUAGAUAUCACGACAUCGGAUAAAGACAGAGCCAAAUAUGGUAUGCUCGCGCGCCUCGCUGUGGAAUCAGGAUUUGAUUGGGUCUACUACGAGUCACGGAAUCACAUUCAUUGUUCCGUAAAGUCGGAUUCCUCUGUGGCGAUCAAAAUCGGCGGUUGUUUCCCCGGGUACGGCAUGGUGACCACGCAAAGAGGAACCGUUUCCAUGGACCGUCUGGCAGUUGGGGACAUGGUCCUGAGCGUGGGUAGUGACGGACAGCUGGAGUUCAGUGAAGUUAUAACGUUUCUUGAUCGCAACACGGGAGAGACGGCUUUGUUUUACACCAUAGGGACUGAAGAUGGACGAACAAUCACGCUGACGGCGAAACACUUGAUCUACGCCAGUGACUCCAACAGUACAACGGAUGUGUUCGACAACAGCGUCGUCGUGUAUGCGGAGACGGUAAAACCAGGCCAGUAUCUGCUGUACCAUGACGACAACGUGGAAUAUUUAAAAGCGUCACGCGUUACCAUGGUUACAUCAAGGACUGAAAGGGGUGUGUAUGCCCCUCUUACCCACAGUGGUACAAUCGUUGUGGAUGGCGUAGUCGCUUCCUGCUACGCUGUUAUCAAUAAUGCGAACAUAGCUCACCUUGUUUUUGCGCCUAUACGAGGCCUUCAUGACUUAUCUGCGCAUGCGCCGUGGCUAACGCAACUCUCCAGCGCAGUGAACACCCCAGACCCCAAGGGUGUUCACAGGUACGCGAAGGCUCUCUACAACUUUGCAUCACUCUUCCUUAGCAGGAGUGUUUUAUAUGUUCCUUGAUGUGUGUGUAGAUGUGAACACUUAAUCUCAGACAAAGGUUUGUCGACGUAACCCUGACUGCUGCGACGUCACAAUAUACCGCUAUGAGGUCACCAUACCGCCAUAUGACGUCACAAUACCGCUAUGAGGUCACAAUACCGCCAUAUGACGUCACGCCAGAAUGCGACUUCUGACAAAAUAUUGAAAGUGGAGUUGUUUGAAAUAGUGCUUUUGACAGACAAGGCAUGUCGGUGUGCAUAUCAGUGCUUUGCUAAAUAUCGACUGGAGGAGAACACACUCCCAUAUUUCAAACCCAAAGCCUGCUUGUACGCAUGUGAUUUUGAAGCUUAUAUUGACUUCAUGUGUGUCUAUGAGAAUAACACAAAACUAAAACUGAUGUCAUUGUGACGUCACAGUGUGCUGACAUUUUUGACAUCAUGACGUCAUCAGUGUUUUGAUGACACCUGUGUAUAUCUUUGAAUGAUGUUUUGAUUAAAUAUGUAUGUCAAUAGAUAAUAGCAAGACAGUAGCUGGACAAUGCAUUUUUCAUACAUUAACAUUUUAUUUAUUUGAAAGCCAAAUUUUAUACAUCAUUUCCACUAUAUUCGGUGUAGAGACAUUGAGUAGUGUAUUUUUGUACAGACAGACCUAAAGCAUCAUAAUACAACACGUCCUCAAGAUAAAUUACACGAAUGUACAGCAUGUUUAUAAUAUGUACCAUAUUUAAUUCCAUGCAUCCAACUGUCUUAAGUUCAUGAACUUUCUCUCACAAAAAUACGUGUACCCAGACUAAUUCUAUAAAAAUAAAACAACUGAAGAAUGACAAUUAUCCAUGUUAUAUUUACUCUAUUCACCAUAACAGAUACACCAUAUUAGAUUAUACCUUACUCUAAAUACAUCAACAAAUAGAUUUUGUCAGGAUACGCAAUAUGUUGUGUUUAGGUACUGUUUAUUUUUCUAAUUUAAAUGAAGCAAAAUGCUCAAAGACUCUAGCAGCAACGUUAUAUAGAUAUAUAAAUGUUUUCAAUGUCACAGCCUCCCUGGCCUCUUCUCAUUAGUACAUCUACGACCUGUCCAUGAUUAAAUAUUCAGAUGAACUGCUCCCAUUUUUUUCAAUUCGUGUUAGAUGCUGCUGUCCGAAUUUGUCCAUUUCAAGUGUUUGAGAUAACGUGAUGAGUUUAAAAAUUAAUAACGCCUGUUUAAUUAAAAAUAUAUAUUUUAAAUAUUAAGUUUACGACAAUUUGUUUGGAGGAUCUUUUUAUAGAUUAAUCUCAGUUUCCUUGCAAUGUAAACCAGUAUAUUCAUGUACGAGGCUGUUUUAUUUCCAUUCUGCCUUAUCGGCCAGGUUGAGAUCAGCCGUACCGUGUACAUACUCACUAAAUGUAUUUUCUGAUAAUCGUUUCUGAGCAUUUGUCAAAAGCUAUACCACCAAAAUAACCAAGACAGCAUUUAAUUUAUGUUAUGGUUUACAAUCAGAAGGUUUAUUACGCUUUGUCCGUAAUUUGAGGUAAAUUGUAUUCUCGCCUCAUCGAAUACAACAUAGUGUAUUCUGCCUAGUGUAGCUAGAUGGGUUUUAGGAAAGCGUUUACUGUUUUCUUAGGUUAUAUUUUCAUGAAUAUAUUUGAGUAAGAAGAAAAGCUGAAAUACCAAAUUAACCGAUACAGCAUUUUGUGAUUUGCCUGUUUUCCAAUUACUGUUGAUGUUUUGUUAAUGGAAAAGAAUUUACAACAAAGAUUAUGAAGCCCAGAUUUGAAAGAAAUCCAGUCUGCCAUGUACACAAUUAACAAAACACUGCGAGGGGUGUUCCUAUACAUACAUUCUUCAUGUGUGUAUGUCUUGUCUAUUAUUUAGCGGUAUGCGUUGGUAGUAACCAUCAAGUUACCCCCCUUAAUAUCUCUGUAUAGAUGGCGCCUUGGUAAAUAGACCCCCUUUUCAAACGACGCACUUUCCAUUGAAAAUGUGGUAAUCGGUUGUGAUAGAUCGUCCAUUCCCACGAUAAUGUUCGAGAGUGAAUGUGUGUGGUAUACUGAGUUGUCUCCCUUUCAUUAGAACGCUUCCAUGACGACCUUCUUGAUUCGAUCUUUACAUCAGUGAAUCGUAAUACUGAUGGAUUCAGUUUGCGUAGGAAAAUUUGAUCGGUUAUUAUAAUAGUUUCGUCAGAGAUAAUGUGUCAUUAGUCUUUUGAAAACGUAUUUCAUAAAUGGAUUGUCUUGUCGUUGGCUUAAUGUUCACUCAACCCAAAGUCACGUUCUUAGCGAGAAAACGUCAAACGACGUUCCAAGAUGGAGGCGAUCACCUUCCCUGUAGAUUAAUCGAAGAAAGCGAUUCUAUGAGCCGUACCUGGUCAUCUCUCUAGUAAGUAACCGUCCCCGCACUGUUCUCUGUACCACAAUGUUUUGACCUAAACAGGGGUGUGAAGUUGAAGAUGUGAGGAGCAGCGUCAAAACAGGAUCAGUAGUGCGUUAAAAGCUCCAUCUCAUGUCAUGAAAAAAUAUCUUUGUGUUCCAGUAGGUAUUUAAAACUAACCCUUCAAACACUGAGCGAUUAUAGGCGAUCUCUGUAAGGGCAUUGUACUUAAGCAGUUAUUUAUUAUUGUUCAAUUUGAGUAUGACAAUACAUGUUUAGUUAAUGUCUUGGAGGAUCUAUUUUUUGUUGCUAUUUACUUCUUUCAGUCUAAAAACUAAAAAGAAAACAAGCAAUAACCAUCUUUUCUUCCGGUUCUUAAAUAUUUUGUCAGCCUGGGAAACCCGAACCAGAACGAGCCAUCAUGGAUUUUCUAUCGUGUCUUUCAGUGUUUCAGUGUAUUUGUUUCUUUUCAGAAAAUAUGAACUGGAUGAACAUGACACUAGCGCGUGCUACUUGUUGUUUGACAGUCCCAAAGGUGUUCUAAUGCUUUUGCCAUUCCCUAGUUUCCAACAGUAAGCUACCCGUACCGAGGGGCUGGUAUGCUAGUUUUGCCAGCUUCUCAUGGGCUGAAUUUGUCUCCAUUUUGCCAGCUUUGUGUUUUAACUGUACUUUUCCCUUUUUUCCCAGUUUAUCAAUGUUUUUGACUAUCCCAGCAACAGGUUUUGCUCUCCGUGGAUUCUAUAAGUAAAAUAUUUAUUUCGUUAUUGUAUAUUAAUAAAUCACUUUUGAAGAA